AUGAAGUACGAGGAGCUGUUCCCCGUGGAGACGAGGAAGUUCGGGUACGACCCGUCCAACGCCGCCCGCACCUCCCGCGACCGCACCGUCGAGCAGGCCCUCGACGACCGCGUGAGGAAGAAGGCCGACCGCUACUGCAACUGUAUCCUUUAUUUCUCUACUAUUUUUGGUUUCAUAUUCUCUGUCCCCAAGUUGUUGCUCGCUAAGGAGAAUGUAUGUUCCUUACCUUCUGCUAGCAACAGUCUGACAAACUUGAUCAACAUCAGACGGCGUAGUAACAUCAGCUGUGCCUUUUGGGCAUGCGUGCUAGCAAUAAGGUCCGGAAAAAAAUUGAUUGUUGAUCCUGUUCCUACCAUUUCCAGGUCGCAGAUCUCCAAAUUGCAUGUUUUUUCAAAUGUUAGAGCAUGUCCAGAUGCUCCUUCCCUUGGAGUUGGAUUGUCAACAGCCAAAGCAUAUUUCAUGGACGAACAUGCACCUGAGAUUCCAGUUAGUUAUAGCAGUUCCUCCACUUCACCAGCCAGCAGCGUCUGGGAGAGUCACGAGAUCAUACAGAAGCAUGCACCCUUCCCCUUAUGGAGCCCCCACACUGGCACACUCCUUGCCUCUGCGGCCACUGACCCGGCAACCUUCUGCGAGGACCCCUCUUCACCAGCCCGCACACACCUUCCAAGCAGGCAUCUAUGGAACCAGACUGACCUUAGCAUGGGAGCUCAUGGGAGCAGCAACGAGCUUGGCGGGAGCAGUGGCCACGGAAAGGACUUCCUUUCCUUGCUCGAAGCGAGGACGGUGAUGCCAGAAAUGCUCGAUGAUUUCUCCUCGGCGGCAUGCGACUACCUCAAAGGGAUGGACGGCAGCGACUACAACAGCAUCUCCGGAUCAGCUUCCUAUGGUUUUGACAGUGGCGGUCCGUACGCUGGCCCCAGUGCUCUGCCCAAAACGCUUCCUACUAGUGUUGCAAUUCAUGGAAGCCCUCUGGGUUAUUCUGGCUUUGGGAGUGAAAGGGUUUUUCAGGAGGGCCGAGUAAUGCAGGUUUCAUUUGGUGCUAGGAUUUCACCAGAUGCAAUCUAUGCUAGUGGUUACAGAUCAAAAACAGAAUUGUCAGAUACCAAUCAGCAUGAGCAACGUACUGUUUCGGCAAGGACUGGUACAGGUCAAAGUGGUGCUGCAGGUGAUCCUAAGAAGAGAAAAUCAGAGGAAAAGUUGGCAGGCAACGGAAAGAGGUCGAAGAAAGAUACUUCAAGUAGAUCACCUCCCAAGGCAGAAGUGCCUGAUAUGAAGUUGGGAGAGAGAGACAAGAUCAUAGCAUUGCAGCAGAUCAUCUCACCGUAUGGGAAGACAGAUAGAGCAUCAGUGUUGUAUGAAACCAUCAAGCACAUCGAAUAUCUACAUGAGCAGAUACAGCUAUUGAGUGAACCCUACAUGAAGAAUAGCACAAACGAGGUGCCCUUUCAAUGGGGAGGUAAAGAGGAGGAUUUGAGAGGCAGAGGGCUUUGUCUGGUCCCUGUUUCGUGCACCCCGCAAGUUCUCCAGGAUAAUAGCCUGCCGGACUGCUGGACGCCGGUGUACAAGAGCUCCCGGUACCAAUGA